UAUGCAAACAAUAUCAAGUCUAAUAAGAGAAGAGAAAAUAUGUCUGACAAAAAAAUGCCAACACGUCCAGGCAUACCUGAAUGCGGCAAUUAUCUUCUAACAGGAAACUGUGAUCUGAAAGAAUGCAAAUACCAUCACCCCAUGAAUAAAACCCCGAUAGAGCCUGGACUGGCCCUCAAUAACAAAGGCUUACCAUUAAGACCUAACCAAGCUAUUUGCCCAGAUUUCAGUCGCUUCGGCCUUUGCAAAUCCGGUCCGGCUUGUAAAUUCGACCAUUCAUCAUCCUCAUCCUCAUCCUCAGGUUCCAAAUUAUGAAAAUGAAACUGAUAUUCCCUAUCUUCUGUUCUGUUUAUUCUAAAUAAGAUUAUAAUACUUAUCCAUAUAUAUAUAUAUGCAUAAUCAUGUAUUUUAUUCACCAUUUGUAAUAAUAAUAUAGAAAGAAUGUAAUAAUCAAGUUUUGAUCA